AUGCGACCUAAAGAUGACCUUGGCAAGCUAUAUACCUUUGGCCAAUUAAAACCAGAAGACGAGAUACAAUUAGCAGGACGUCAACAGAGCGACAAGAAUGGUGGUAGCGGUAAUGGUGGUGGUGGUGGUGGUGGUCCCUCAGGAGCAGCUUUGGCCGCUGCGGCAGCAUUCAGCGUGUCAGACGAUGACGAGUAUCAAAGCAACAAACGAGGAAGACAAAAUAGGGAUACCAUUAUACAACACGAUGAGCAAUUCAUGAUGUUGACUAAGAAGCUCAUCGAAAUUAGAAGCAUCCUCCUUUCUAUUGACCAUAAUGAGACGCUUAAAUUGCCAAGCAUUGUUGUUGUCGGCUCGCAAAGUUCUGGAAAAUCGUCUGUGUUGGAAGCCAUUGUUGGCCAUGAGUUUUUACCAAAGGGCUCUAACAUGGUCACCAGACGGCCAAUUGAACUCACUCUUGUCCACACACCUAAUUCCGAUGAGGAGUAUGGAGAGUUUCCUCAACUCGAACUUGGCAAGGUGCAUGAUUUCAAGCAGAUCCAAAGGACCUUGACCGAUCUCAACUUGGCUGUAUCGGAUGCAGAAUGUGUAUCGGCCAAACCUAUUGAGCUACGAAUUUAUUCUGCAAGCAUCCCAGAUCUUACUUUGAUCGAUCUUCCUGGUUACAUCCAAAUUUCCAAUCGAAACCAACCAGAAACGCUCAAGCUUAAAAUUGAGGAGCUUUGCGACAAGUAUAUUCAAGAGCCUAACAUUAUUCUGGCUGUAUGCUCUGCGGACGUGGAUCUUGCAAACUCCACUGCUCUGCGUGCGAGCCGAAAGGUGGAUCCCAUGGGUCUGCGAACCAUUGGUGUGAUUACCAAGAUGGAUUUGGUUCCACCUUCAGCCGGAGCCGCUAUUCUCAGAAACUCAGAGUACCCACUGCACUUGGGAUACAUUGGUGUUGUAUGCAAAGCACCAGAAGAUGUGGACGGCAACAUGACAAGUGCUCUCAUUCGCAAUGAGGAAAACUUUUUCCGCAAUAAGUUUGAAUUCAACCAACGUGGUGUCAAUGUCGGAACCGCUACACUUCGUCGCAAACUGAUGAAUGUUUUGGAGCAGGGCAUGGGUCGCUCACUGUAUAGCAUUGUGGAUGCAGUACAAAAGGAACUUGAAGAAGCCCGCUACCAAUUCAAGGUCCAGUACAAUGACCGUAGAGUCACAGCUGAAUCAUAUGUGGCAGAAACCAUGGAUUCUCUCAAGCACAACUUUAAGGAAUUUGCACUGUUGUUUGGAAAGCCUCAAGUACGCCAUGAAGUGCGAACCAUGCUAGAGCAGCGCGUUUUGGACAUCUGUGCGGAGACAUAUUGGUCGGAUCCUAAAGUGUCUGAUUUACCGAAAGCUGCCUCAGACGACAUCUACUGGCUUUACAAAGUAGACCUCGCUUCUGCCGCCUUGACUAAAAGCGGUAUUGGACGAUCUACCACGCAACUUGUUGUGGACAUUCUAAUGAACAAUAUGGAACGUUUGUCUGCUGGAGAGCCUUUCAAUUACCACAACGAGACACGCAAACAGAUCGCUAGCUUUACCAGCGAGAUUUUGCGAACCAAGUUCCUCACUACCAGUGACCAGGUUGAAAACACCAUCAAGCCAUACAAGUACGAAGUGGAAGUCACGGAUCUAGAAUGGCAGGAUGGUGUCAAGCGCACGGUUGCUUUGCUCGAAAAGGAGUUGGAGAUGUGCGAUAGCAUGGCCAACACUAUCAAGAACGCCGUGGGCAAGACAAAGCUGCGAGGAGCCAUCAAAUUUUUAUUGGACAGCGAGCGCGAGGAUCAAAGACGACAGGAAAGAGUUCGUCAACAACAACAAGAUGGUAAUACCGAGCCAUACAUUGAAUACGCCAGUCUCUCAGAUGAGGAAGAGGCCAUCAAGCCACUGUAUAAUCCCAAGCUGUUGGAAAAGGCUCGCGAAGCAUUGUUCCUACGUGAUCGAGCUAUGAUUCUCAAGUAUCGUAUUGCUGCCUUGAAGUCUCGGCAAUGCAAGACUCAAGAAAACAAGCAGUACUGCCCUGAAGCCUUCUUGAACGUUAUUGCUGAGAAGCUAACGUACACGGCCGUUAUGUUUAUACAGGUCGAGCUGCUCAAUGAAUUCUUCUUCCAGUUCCCACGAGAGGUUGACAAUAGACUUGUGUAUGAAUUGGAUCGACAGCAAAUUCAGCGCUUUGCCCGAGAAAACCCGUCUAUCAUGAAACAUCUUGAUCUCCAAGAGCGUAAAGGGAAACUGGAAGAUGUGAUGGAUAAGCUCAAUUACCUGGUUCGCAAGCAAGCUGACCGUCAAGCGCGUGCCAAGAUGGGCUCAUUCGGUGGUGGUGUUUAA